AUGGACUCUCAUGCUAUCAAUCAGAACCUUCCCCAGAUGCAGGAGUUUUGUCUCGCCUCUUCAGGGAAUGUCCUUUCCUAUUGCCUUCUGAGCCUCGACCCCUUGACAAGACUGAUCUCCUACAGCCGAAGGUUAACCUGGUUCCCGAUGCUUAGCCUGUUUAUAUUCUAUAGUUGCUUCCUCCAUGAGCCACUGAUCCACAUCCCGUCCUGCAAAGACCCCCACGUUACGUUGCCGACGCCUUAUCUCGGGCACCUGUGUGCUCCCUGUCCUCUGAAAACUGCCCUCCCCCUUCAUAACGUCAUUGCAAGAUUUGUCUCUUCGGUUCAUGCCUUAAAUUAUGUUAAAGCAUUAAGUCAAUCUCCACCUUAUGUUCUAAGCGCUUCAGUACUUCAGUACAUACACUCCCACUGCACUUUCGACGAGAUUUCCCGUUCACCAUAUCCUUUUUGCCUUGCCCUACACUUCUUCCAAGCUACAACUGCAACUAUCAAGUGCCAUGAUACACCAAAUGACACUUAUCACAGGUACAUUUGUACUAACUCAUUCUUGCCAACUCACCGUUUCCUCAAUUACCAUAACAUCAACACGCCUCUUACUCCUAACUUCCAGCUGAGAACCCCUUUUAACUUACCAACAUUUAAUGUAACGCUACCAAGACCAAGCCUUCGAUUACUUCCAUCAUCAGAUAACAUACCUAUGCUCUUCCUUGACUCACAUCACACUACCUUUAGCUACCCUAUCUACAUCACACUUCUUGGCUUCCUCAUCGUCUCUCCUUCUUCAUCUAUCCUGGUCCUGGGUGUAGCCCUUGUUGCAGCCGAUGGGGACUCUCGAAGCGAACGCAGUGUUACUGCAGACAACCACCCUUACUCGAAGCUGUGUGAGAAACAGCCUGACAAAUUCAUUUGCGCCAACUGCAAGACCUUGGUCCAGUGUGUGAAGGGACAGGCCUUCACUCGCCACUGCAUUGAGGACCACUUCUGUUCGGACAGGCCCCAGUUUGGCGGUGGUGUCUGCUACCCAGAUGAACCUGCGGAAUGCACCUGCGUAAGUGCCAACACGUUCCGAGUGGACCCCUACGACCCCCAGAGGUUCUUCUCUUGCAAGGAUGUGGGCUCCGUCCCCGAGAACUACAAGUGCCCAGAUGGUAUGGUGUUCGAUGAAGGCUCGGCACAGUGCCAGACGGCGAGUGGCUUGCCUCCAUGCGUGGUGGCGGGUACCUUUGCCAACCCACAGAAUUGCAGUCACUACUACUCGUGCAUUAGCCUACGCAGUGGAUGGCUCCAGAAAUCAUUCAUGUGCACCAAUGACAAGAUGUACAACGAACAAAAGAAUGCAUGUGAAGAUCCUUGCAUGUACCAGUUCGUGUGCCAGCAGGAAGGCCGAUACCCUGACCUCCUGGAUAAGCAGAACUACUUUGAAUGCUACAUGAUUGGUGGCGUGUUACGGCAGAUGCGUUACAGCUGCCCUGAGAGCUACAGGUGGGAUAUCGUAUCCCCAGGUGUGGGAAAGUGCGUGGAGGACCACGGAGAUAAGGAUGAUAACUAUGCCUUCGGUCAGUGCGACAUCCCUGACGACUUCUGUCCAGCGUCAUAAAGAGAACGGUUAAGGGCGACGGUCGCAACAGUGAGUCGGUUGAGGCCAGGCUUCUACUUCGAUGUGUCUCGAAUAAAAUUUUAAAAUUUU